AUGUCUCAAAGUGACUCGGGGAACUGGCAGCCCUUGAUCGAUGUAGUUUCAGGGCAACCAACAUCCCCCGGUUCUAAAUACUUGCGAUGUGCCCAGGUACCGUUUGCGCAUUUUGCCCUUCCGUUGCCCCCGGACCCCUCUGCCGACACCCUACAUCACAUUUAUUUGUCCCUGUACAGAGCAGCAUUAGCAGCUGCACAGGGAAGCACGGGAAGUUCCGCCCCGACGACCAGUGGUCCAGCUGCAAUCAGUUACAAUCUAGCAAUGACUGAUUCGGUGAUGAUGAUCUGUCCCAGGAGAAGUGAAAGUGCUCAAAUCCCAGUCGACAGUGCAACAUCAGCGGAGAUCUCCGGGGCUGGUAUCGUUGCCUUGAAUGGCACAAUUCUUGCUGGUACGCUCAUGGUAAAAGCUGAGGCCGAAUGGGACGAACUACGUCGUAACCCGGAUUCCCUUAAAGAGGUCUUGACGACAAUUGGAUAUCCUCACCCAGAUCUGCGCAAGAUCUCCUUACUAUGA